CAAGUAGUACAAAGAUGUCGUAAGAGUAAGGGGUAACACGGGGUAAGGGCUACUCCGUGGCCUUGACCAUGGAUGGGGGCUACCAGCUAUGGGCACCCUGGUCUCCACUAGAUGAAUCUCUGCAGUGGCUGAGGGGCACCAUCCCUAGGCCGUGGGCUUCCAAGCCUCUCUUCCGAGGUGGACGGAGCCCAGGUGCUGUCGAUUUAGAAGUGCAGCUUUGUUUCCAGGGCCUCAGUCUGGUCCUGGAGCCUCGUGCAAAGAUGGGAGCAGGACAGCAGCAGCCACCGGGAGCAGCUGGGGAGACAAGAGGGCACAGUGGGUCUGUGCGUAAACCCCAGGCUGUGCGUCUCACAGGAAUUGAUUCGGUAUUUGGACACCUUGUGACAGUACAGCCCCCACGCUGGAGUGGCUCCCUCAGGGUAUCCAAGCAUUCAGCCUUCCAUCAAGUCAUAAGCACCCGCCAACGCUGGCCCCAAGGGCUCCAGGAGCCCCAAGUGCGCAUGGCCAUGGCCAUAUGCCGGCAAAUGCUGCGUGCCAUACUCCUACUCUACGCUGCCUACAAGAGGUGUGCCUUCGCAUUGCAACAUUCCCACUGAGGGCCCGUCUGAGACAAAGGGAAUCUCCUUCCCUCAGUUAUACCCUCUAUGAGUAACUAUCUAUGUGCUUCCUAUUCUCGUGGAGUCCAUUCUGAUCAGCUAAACAUCUCCCACUAACUGGAGAUACCCAGAGAAUAUCUACACCUGAACUGUAAUUUGCUAAUGUAAUAGUUCGUCAUUAUUAUAAAUGAAAGAAACAUUUCAAGUAAUACCGUAUCAUUGAAGGAAAAAUUUCUGAAAUUCCAACAAGGAGUCCAACAACAUAUCCCGUUUGAGAAACAAGUCACACAUUUGCACAUGGUGAAGAACAUUCAUUCAGCAAACUGAUAUAACUGGACUUCUAGAUGGGAUGAACAUAAAGUUCAAGAAUAUUUGUAAUACUAGAAAGAAUAUUAAAGCAAAUUUCAACAUAAAAACCAUUAAGAUACUAAAGAAUGGGACUGAGAAAUAAAUCUAUUUGAAAUCUAUUAAUUUGCCAGGGUUAGAUACUAAAUGGCAAUAGUAGGGAUCUAUGCAGGAUAGUCUAA